AUGGCAAAAUUUGUAAGGGUUUGUGAAGAUGAUAGGUGGACCGGACGCAUGCAUGACUUGAGACUUGAUCAUAGUCACCACGUUGGCCAAACUGGUGGCGAGGGCAGAACCGAUACUGCUGCAGCCCUCGCGUAUCAUUCGACCUCCGCGCACCGCAGUCUAGGCACCAACGCCCUGUACUGUAAACGCGUCCGGGAGCCCGACUCUCGUAGCGACUCGACGAACAGGAUAAGUUAA